AUGCCUGGGCAGGCGCGCCCUCCGCACUGCGCGGCGGCGUUGGCUGGCCGCGCACGGCGUGAGGGCGGCGAGUGCGCCGCGAGGUGCGGUGAGCCCGCCGCCGGGGCAGCUUCUUCAGGAGAGGCCGUGUUGCUCUACGGCCAGGACCGCUACCCGUUCGUCGGCGCCAUGGCCUCCGUCCUCGAGGAGCCAGCCGGCGCCGACCUGGGCAAGCUGCACGAGGGCAGGCUGGGGCGGGAGAUCCUCGAGAACUUCCGGCGCCAGCCGGCCAUGCUGAACCUGGGGCCGCGCGGGAAUCCGUGGCACUCAGAGCUGUGCUAA